AUGAGAGCUACAAGCUUUUCCCUGGAGUCUGCUGAUUCUCACUCAUCAGUUAGACGAAGACAACUAAGCCAUUUGAACUCACAGUUAGCCCAACUACAUGCGAACCUAUGUGACUUCAAAGAUCUUAUCACAGUUACAUCGGCACAAUAUAAUGCUAUUGAGAAGAUUGGAAAGAUUCAUGGAUCCUUCUUUAUGGCAAGUCAUGCUGUUUUUGAAAGCGAUACUUUCAAUGAGCCCCAAGAGUCAGACUAA